GUACUUCUUCCUUUGUGUCGGCCUUGAGUUAUAGCGCUUCAGCUUCCACCGUCGACGAAAAAAGAAGCAGUCUAGUUUAACAACAAAGCACAAUGGGGAAGAAAAGUCGCCUCACGGGAGGAGGCGUUGGUCGGAGAACUAUAAUACAACUUUCUCCACCCGGCCAUCGUGGGGGGAUCUCUGGGGAGAGAGAAGAGGCGCCGUCGGGAUCUGAUGAUGAACAGGAUGGUGAUGGACACCGAUUUGUCAAACAGACAACCAUGAAGGCACCAACAGUAAAAGCCACAGAGGGUUUGUCAUUGCUUGGAGCCUAUGAAGACAGCGAUGAUGAAGAUGCUGGAAUCCGUCCAGCUACAAAUUCCCAACACAACCAAUCAGCAGACAUCGACAGCACCUUGGCCAAUUUCAUGGCCGAAAUUGAUGCGAUCACAACUCAGCCAAGUACAGAUGACGCUGCAGCUCCUGCCUCGGUUUCGAAUGCCACCCCACCUCGACCUAAGGAUAAAAGUCAGCAGCCUGUGCAGGAUGGACACGAUCCACAAAGCACAGAGUUUGAGUACAAUACGCAGUGCUCACUAGCAGGAGUGGGUGUGGAGAUGGGAGACUGGCAGGAAGUUUGGGAUGAGAACUCUGGCUGCUAUUACUACUGGAACACUCUGACUAACGAAGUGUCCUGGGAGCUGCCGCACUAUUUAGCCGAUCAGGUGCAAAGUAUUGGACAUUAUCCAAACAGUGUUAAUGGGAAUGGUGCAGUCCAUGCUGGUUAUUACACAGAAGAAAAUGCCGCUACUGCUGUAGCUUCAACAACUACGAAAGAGACCAAAACUAAGGAGAUUGUAGAGAGUGUCACAGCCCUGACAAGUGAAGAGGAGGAGCGUCAGGGAGUGGCUGCCUCUCUCCUCGGGCCACUUAUUCCUUCUGAGGUGAAAGAAGCGGAGGAAAAAUGGAGGAAAAGGCUGCUGAAGGGUUUGGAUGAGACCGAGAACAGUUUGGAUUCUGAUGGAGAAGUUGCUAAACCUGCGGUAUCCGCACCGAUACCCUUUCUGGAAGCAGACCCAGACCUCACAGCACAGAAGGAUGUUUCUAAUAAGAAGCUGUCAGGAGACCAAUCAGAUGCUGAAGAGGAGGCAGAGGAAGACACGAUAGAACUGGAGUUAGCUCUAGAAAGGAAGAAGGCAGAGCUUCGUGCCCUCGAAGAGGGCGACAGGAGUGCAGGGGGUUCCAGUCCAAUGUCCGAGGCCAGCCAAGAAGUCGCAGGAUCUCUCCUCAAGAAGAGCCGCUGGAAGACCAUCUUUCCAGGUGUUGCCAGUCCAGAUUCCAACAGCAGAGGUUCAGACUUCCUGGACAACGCAGAGACAACGCUGCCUAAAACUUCAGAAAGUGUCCUAGAAGGUGAAGCAAAGGAAACGGAUAAUUUAGAGGAGUCAGGCGUUUCAAAACUACCCAAUAAAGAAGAGGUAGAGACUCCUGAGCUAAAGUUUCAGAUCGGAGAACUGGCCAACACCUUAACUAGCAAGAUGGAGUUCCUGGGGAUAAACAAAAAGACCAUCUCAAACUUUCAUCUGCUUCUGCUUCAAACUGAGACACGGAUUGCUGAUUGGAGGGAGGGUGCUCUGAACGGGGCCUAUCUUCGACGCAAGCUGCAGGAAGCUGCUGAACACAUAAAAUAUUAUGAACUUAACGCCACCCCUAAAGGCUGGUCCUGCCACUGGGACAGAGAGCACAGGAGGUACUUCUAUGUGAGGGACCGGACUGGUGCCUCCCAGUGGGAGUUUCCAACAGAAGAGGACAAGGAGGAGGCCCCAGUAGACGCUCCAAGUACACAGAAUCUGAGCCAAGAGGAGACCAAAACAUCUGGAUCGGCUGGUGGGGCUGCAGAAUUGUCUCCUCCUGCUCCACCUCCACCUCCUCUGCCCAGUGCAUCCUCCUUCUGGUCCCCACCCCAGCCGCCGCUUCCUAACAGCCCCCCUCCACCCUCCAAUGACCCACCGCCCCCUCCUCUACCUCCAGAGUCACCCCCACCCCCUCCUCCUCCCCCCGACAGCGAUGGAGAGAUCAUGGAGGUCGAGAUGGAUGUGGAUGACGACAAUGAGGAGGAGCCCCCGGCUCCUGGAACGGAGGAGGACGGCAGCGGGAGGUCCGGCUCCGCCAACAUAAAGAUUAUAGAGUCCACCGCUCCUUUUGGAAAAGGUCAGAAACGGAAAGCUGGUCAGGGGGCUAAAACCGUAACUAUUGGUAGCAGUCCCAUUCUCUACACCCAGGCACCUCUUACUGCAGCGCCCCUAAUGUCAGCAGCAGCGGCCUACUGGGGUAUACCGGCUGUGGCCGCCCCUCUGAUCCCCUGUGAACCUCCAGCCCCGCCCGUGCCAGUGCUACCUCCUCAGCCGCCACUGCCUCCGUCCCAGCCAGCUUUUGAAGCCGCUCCGACCAAAACGUUAGCCGUGGACAAGACCAAGAAAACCAAAAAAGAUAAGUCAAAGAAGAGUAAGACGAAGAUGCCUUCUCUGGUGAAGAAGUGGCAGAGCAUCCAAAAGGAGCUGGACGAGGAAGAGAAGAGCAGCUCCAGCGACGAAGACAGAGAUCUGCUCAACAAGAAGAGCAUUGAGGAGUGGAAGCAGCAGCAGCUCAUGACGGGGAAAGCUUCGAAGAACGCCAACUUUGAGGCCCUACCGCAGGACUGGCGGGACCGCUUGAAGAAACGGAAGCUGACGAACAGCACGUAACACCCGCUGAGGCCCACGCGCUGCCCAGGCAGUGUUUGUAAAUCCGCUCCUACCCAAACCAUAAGAUCAUCCCUCUGAAGAGAUGCAGAUUUGUUUAACUAUCAGUGGACUUUCUUAGCUGUUCUGUGUUCAUAUCAGAGACAUUUUGAAGCCCUUCUAUGGCAGGCCAUUCUCAUUAAGGGGUUGGAAUGUCCUGUUGUUUUUGUAUGAGAUCUGUAAAUGUGCCAAAUGUGCUGAGGUAAUAAGUUCACCUUUUUUUUAUAUAUAUAUAUAUAUAUAUAUAUAGACCCAGUACAGACGUCCACCACAGUUUUAGGCAGAACUGUCUAUUUUAAAGAGUGUUUUUACGUCUCUGUAUCUAAAGGGGGGGAAGGAAGGAAAGGGUGAAAUUGAUGGAAAGGGGAGGGAUUGUCACAUGAUCUUGUACAUUUUGUAAAAAGUUAUUAAAUUUUUUUCAAAACUGUU